CUAGUAUUAAGGAAUACGAAAUUAGGAAAAAUAUCGUUCUUUCAUUCAUGAUACACCAAAUGUCACUAAUACAUAGAGAUGAACGAGGAGGAAUAUUUAUCUGCUUUAGAGAAAGCUAAAGACCUUUUUCUUGAAAAAUGUAACGCUGUGAAAAAACUGAAAGAGGAGAAUGAAAAAAUUGCCACAAAAUACAGACAGCUGGAAACUGUAAAGAAUGACCUUCUGAUUGAAAAUGAAAGACUGCUUGAGAGGUCAAAAAAAGCUGUUGAAAAUCUCGAUAAAGCUACAGAAGAGAUAAAAAGAUUAACUGAAAAACUAAGAACAACAAAGAGAUUUGUUAAGUUCUAUCUAACAGAGCAGCUGAAGAGAAUGAAAGAAAUCGAAAUGAAGGGAAAGUACAAUUUGGACAGUUUUUCCUAUCUUGUUGGGGAUAUUGGAAUGAGUUUUUGUGAUGCAAUAAUGAAUGAAAGCAACAAUAAUCACAAUGAGACAUGCAACAAGCAAACUUUCAGGAAGUUAACCUGUGAUAAAGAAACAAAAUUACUGUACAAUAACAAUGCUGAUGUGGAUAAGACAACAUUUGAAGGAAUGAAAAAUAACUCAAAUGAUGAAUGGGAUAAAAUAACUAUCGAAAAUCAGACAACAUUCAACAAAAACUUAGAAACAAAAACUUCAAAGACUCCAAAAGAUCCAGAUGUAACCUUUUACGAUCCCCUGAGUUCCCCAUCUCAAUCAAACACACAGCGUGAGCCUUAUAAAAAGACAUCAGGGCAAAGGACUUUAACAAAGAAUGAAAUAGUCAGUCAUAACCAAAAUACUAGCUCCAUCUCAAAUCUCAGCUUGAACAUAUCUUCACCAAUUGGUCCACCAUCCAAGACCAGUACACCUCAACACUGCUUAAUAUCACCCCUCAAUUCACCACCAUCCUCUCCGUCAAUAUUAAGGCAGUUAGAUAAUGAAGGAACGGAAUGCAAACUCUCAACUUCGUCACCAGACCAUUUAUCACAACAAACCCAUUCCCCUUCAACAAAUUUUACAAAUGUGAUUUCAACUGCAACUCAUUGUAUGACUAAAGCAGAUGUUGUACCUUUGAUGUCAUCUGAUGAGAGAAUAGCCAAGAGAAAGCGAAACGACUCUCUAUUCGGUUCGUUACUGACUUCAUGUCAUUUGGAAACAUCAACUAAUGAAACGGGGAAUUCUAAAUCGAUUGAAUCAAAAACGAAGCAAUUGAAAAUGGAAGUCACUGAAAAUCGUCCGAUUGUAAAUAGUUCGUUGGAGGUUAUUGUCGUGGAUGAAAUCGACUUCCUUGAACCCACGGACGUAACAGAAAAGGCUAGCAUUUGUUCUGCGACCGAGAAAAAGACAAGUUUCAACUCAAGUAGUCUUCUCUUCCCAUCACCACAGCCAAAUCCCAGUCCAGUAGCGACUAUUGACAUUUGUAAUGAAGAUGAUGAAGAACGAAAUGAAAUAACUGAGCCGAAGAUUGCUUUGAAUUUUAAUCUUGGUUUGAGUGAAAACGUAGAGACGAAUGCCCUGAAAAGUGGAUCAAAUGCGAAUGUUGCACAAUUCAAACAUAAAGAAGUUGUAAGAGGUAAAGAUAAGAGAGCGAAGCUGAAUGGUUACUUCUGCGAAGAUUGUGAGAAGUACUACGGUAGUCUGAAGUUGAGUGAAUCAGAGAUGCAGGAGAGACUAAACGCCUGCUCAAGACAUCGUGCUCGCUUCUCCCCGGGACCAAGCACGCCCGAACAUUUUUGGGAUGUUGACUUCAUGAAUACCCACGAAUAUGUGGAGCGAGGUUUCAUGAGGACUGGUGCAGACCUUCCGCCUGAGAAACGACAACUUAACAGUCGCAGAUUAAAGUUGGGAAAGCAGCACUAGACAAUAAAAUAGAUAAUUUGCAGAGAUUUACAAUCAGCCGUUCCAAAGUUUA